CUGUAGGUGUUGCACCGCUGUCAGUGGUCAACAUGGCGUCCGGCUACAUACUAAAUCGUGGCGCGCUGACCUUAGGAAUUCACUGCCAGCGUGUUUGCCGAAGCAUAUCGUUUACACAGGUUAGAGAGAAAAAGCGAUGGAUGAAAGCAUACACAUACCUCAUGGCCAAGAAGUUAAAGCUCGAAGGACCUCCACCACCGAAACCACGCUCUCAACAGCCUAACUGGGAUUACCAUGCUGAGGUACAGGCUUUCAGCAGCCGCCUCAACGAGAGCUUCUCCCUAGAGCUACUGAAAACAGCCUUUGUCAAUCCCUGUUACCUGCAGGCGGAGCAAGAGAGGAGGCAGGGGUUAGGCAUGGACUCUGAGACCACCGCUCUCGUUCUGAAAGACAAUAUUAAGAUGAGUAAAAAGGGUGCGUCUUUCACUGAAAGCUUCCUGACCGACUGGUGCAGGGCCAGCUUCCCGAGCCUGCCAAGUGAGGGGGUGGAGAGUAUCGUAGGGCACCUCAGCAGUUCAGCAGUUGUGGCUUAUGUAGCAAGAAAUCUCGGCAUUGAAGACCUCACCAUGAGUGCAGAAUGCCCUGUUCCCGAUGAUGUGCUUCAUGCUACAUUCAUGGCAGUGGUUGGAACUCUACAGGAGAGCAGUGGAGCAGAGCGAACUGGAUUUUUCCUCAGAGAUUUCCUGGUCACUCAGCUGAUAGGGAAGGAACUGUUUGAUAUGUGGACAGUUGUCAACCCCAUGGGACUACUGGUGGAGGAGCUUACUAAGAGGAACAUUCCUCUGCCAGAGCCCCGCCUCAUCCGGUCUGCUGGAGCCAGUACUGUCCUGCCGUUAUACUUUGUCGGCUUGUACAGCGACAAGAAGCUUCUGGCUCAGGGUCCAGGAGAGACACUUGUAGCAGCUGAGGAAGAGGCGGCUCGCGUGGCCCUCCGGAAACUCUACGGCUACACUGAGAACCGCAGACCUUUUGACUUUUCUCCACCACAGAAGCAUCAGCAGCCAUUAAUCCAAUCAGUCAGCAGAAAUUAAUGAAGUAACAAGUAUUUUACUGUGGACUACAGACUUGCUAUGGACAAUAGGGAGAAUGUAAAGGAAAAUAAGGUCAUUAAUCAUGAGUGUAAUGGUGCACUUGUCAGGAUUGUUUCUGUUGGUUAUUUAAAAGUCAGUUCCCCCAGACAAAGGAGAGCAAAAUAAGCCUUAUUGUCCAAGUAAAAAGUGCGACUAUAGUGUAAGAUCCAGGUUUCCACUGUAGCCAUCUCACAGAAAUCUAAUCUAUGCGUCUGUGAAUAAAUUUGAUGACAUAUUCAAGAGUAAAGUUCAGUAAUAGAUUACCUGGGCUAAUAACCUAUAGCUUUAGCAGUCCAUGGCACAAAAUAGACCUGAUAUGUUGUCGUCCUUGUAAAUAAUGCAAUUGCCAACUUGUUUACUUGGUAUUCUGUUAAAAUAUGUUGCUCAUCUGUAAUAAAAAGUAAUAAAUAUGUGUGUCAUGACUCUGUUCAUGGACACUUUUUGGA